AAAGUGCAGACAGUGAAUUCGGGCGCUUAGUUGAAAAAUGUUAAAAAAUUAUAGAAACUUGUAUGCAGCGGUUAAAAAUUAAAAAACAAUAUAAAUUUUGAAUUCAAAAAUAAUUAUGCUUUAAAGAUUUUAAUAUUUCGAUAAAUGGUUUACCAUAAAAAAUUAAAAUAAAGCAAGGAAGAAGCAGUACGAAAAGUAAAAAAAAUUUAAACGCCCUAAAAUGUUUCAAAAGUGUUAAAUCAUUGUUUACUAAAAAACAAAACAACCAAGAAAUUAGUUGAGCAACCAAAAACCCAAGUGCCUUAAUAUUUGAAUUCUCGAAAUAUGAUUGUAAAUAUGUCCGCAGCUCCAAGUGGCCACUCGCCAAAUCCCUUGCCCGCGUCUACGGGCGCGCCCGGCAUAAACUCCUCGCCUACUAAUUGUGAAUAUAAUUUUUUGAAACGAAAAUUCGACGGUGAAUCUGUUUCAGCCGAUAACAGUGGCAACAUUAAUGUCACAGAAAAUAACACAACUGAAUACCAAAACUCUUCUUGCCCAACGCCUGCCUGGAAGAAGCGCCACAUGCAGGAAUCCAGCAGCGCUAUGCCAGAACCAAACUGUUUCACGAUCGACUCCAACUACAACAGCUACUCCACCGCACACAGUGAGCCCAUACUUAUGGAUUCCUUACAAACUGAGAAUGUACAGAACGAAGUGUGCGUUAGCACAAGUGCCACUCAUGCAACAAACAACACUAGCGUAAUCAACAACAACAACAACAGCAAAAACAAUAAUAAUAAUACUAAUAACAACAGCAAUUUGACAUUUAAUCUCAUCAGUGGCAGUAGUUCCUUCAUCAACGAUAUUUUCGCCUACGAUGCCAAUCUAAUUGUGCCAGUUACCAGCGGCUCAGAUGCUACGUUGCCAGCCUUUGCUACACCAUCAAAUGUCUGUGUGAAUACCAGCUAUGACGAUGGUACCAAUUGGCAAGCAACUGAUCUACUCGAACUGGAUCAUCGGUACAAUUCGGGUUUGCAAACUGAAAUUGCCCAUCUACAUCCGACGGUGCCACCAUUGAAGGUGGAGGAAGAAACUACCCUCAGCACUGCGCAGCAAAUUCAGACACAUACGCUGGAGCAGCAGCAGCAAACACAAUCAUCACCUCAAGCCCAGUUUCUAGCUCCUGAGAAGCAAAUUUCAAGAUCACCUGUAAAUAUGGGUCUUGGCAGGUAUCGCCAACAUCAGUUGCAGCAAACGGUCGGUCAGUCGCUGCAAUCGCAACAAAUUCAACAGUCUAUGUCAGAAACCAGCGUGUUACCCGAUACGGAGGCGGACUUUGAGGAUAAGAAUCUUUCUUGGUUAUUGAAUUUUAAGUUUGAUGAGUUCCCUCACCUUUCGCCGGACUUGGGUGGCAAUAGCAGUAACAACUUGAAUACGAAUGUAUUGCAAGUGGGUGGCCAACAACACAAUAUCUCAUCGCCUACAUCAUCGCACAAAUCGAAUUCCUGUUCACCGCAGUCCUCCUUGUCGACAUCAACGCCACAUUUAGGCGUUCAGCAGUCGGUAAAUGACUACACCCGUUCACCAAAAAGUUCCACAAAAGCUGGCAAGAAGUUCGAGGAACUAGUUAUGGAGGUCACCGCUGAAGUGGAUGGCAAUGAUAUGAUAGUCGCUGAAAAUGUAGUCGUGGAAUACUCCCCACAGAGAGCGCCAAAGAAACCACCAUUUACGUAUACAGAACUCAUCGAAUACGCCCUCGAGGAUAAGGGUGAACUAACGGUUUCGGGGAUAUAUCAAUGGAUAUCUGAUCGUUUUCCAUAUUACAAAUCGAACGAUGACCGUUGGAAGAAUUCAGUGCGACACAACCUCUCGAUCAAUCCGCAUUUCCGCAAAGGUCUCAAAGCACCCCAAGGAGCCGGACAUUUAUGGACAAUAUCAAGUGGGGAUUCAGCAGAGAAUGUGCUGGCGUGGGAACAUAAGAAGCAACGACUGGAUUUAUUCUUCAAAAUGGAGUCUAUGAACCGCGAACGCCUGCAACAGCAUCAACAGCAAAUGCAGCAACGCCAAAGCUGCACCUCACCACAUCCGGAUUGCCAACAACACCAUCGACAACAACAACAACGACAGCAGCAGCAGCAGCAGCAACAACAACAGCAAUGUGUUUAUGAUGAAGCCGCCACAGCAGCUGACACAAUCAAACGAGAAAUGCUCAACAGUAGCGGCGACGAAGGCUGCAUCCAGAAUUGCAAUAACACUACAAAUAACAACAAUCAGAGGCUAGAGAGCACACAAUUGGUGCACGAAUUACCCUUCAACGAUCUGAUGAGCGACGAGGAACUUCGCAAGACAGCUGGACAAAUCUUGAAUGGCAUACAUCGCGAAGUUGAAGUACAGUCGGUGAACUCUAUUAUCAGCACCUAUCAGGAUGUUCUGCUGGACAAUGAAGAUUACCUUAACCCUAUACACAAGGACAUCGCCGUGCAUGAGAGUGGCUUACGUAGCUCGAAUGCAACACAUCUGCCAAGCGCCUCAUACACACAGACGCACAAUACAACGAACUCACAGUAUUAUAUCACAGAAAUCGAUCCACUCGAACUGGGCGUACAAAUGUCGCAGCAAGUGGGUGCGGAGGAGGUACUUUUCAGCGAUGAGUUCAAUUUGAAUUACUUUGGUUAUAAUGGCGCUAACGAUAUUGUUGCCUGACCGCCAGUGCCAGCGACAACGGCCGGUAGUGCCACCAGUGGCACAGCGGCACCGUUAAUUAGUGUAACCGCAGUGGCAGGACGUUUAAGCUCGAUUGCGACGUUGGAAAAUGGUACAUCGUCGCAGCAACUGGGGCCGAGGCCAAUUGAGCAAGCAUACGGCCAACUGCAGCAAUAACCAGUGUAGAGUUAGAACAUAGUAGUAAGUUUAGUAUUACAUAUAAAGGUGUGAAUACUCGUAUUAAAAGGCCUUACAAUCAUUUCUAGUCACUAUGUGUGGACAGUGCAUGUCCAGAGCAAUA